AGUACUACUCUGAUGAAGAAUCUGACAUGGGAGAUGUAUCCGGCUUAUUACCAGCCAUUCACUUGUCCGCUGAUGGGGACGAGUACCUCCUCUCAGACUCUCCUGAUCCGAACCACCUCUUCUUUCCUAAUGAGAAAGAGACCGUAGAAUCUUGCUACCGCGACUUUCUUCCUGCUUCUCAACUCGUGCUUGCGGCGUUACGCGAGAUAGGCGAAGCCUGGUGCUGCCUGGUCGGAGGAAUGGCCAUCAGGCUCAACGGAAAACGGGCUAGAGAGGUCAAAGACCUCGACAUUAUCAUCUUGAACGCAUCUGCGGAUAGUCGUUCGAUUCAAGUGGCACUCGUGCAGAGAUAUCCUACCAUGUUCUUCUUGGUACCGCCAAGGGAUAGGGCGGCGACCUUUAUGAAGCUCUUCUUUCGCAUCCCAAAAACGCCACACAGCAUCAAAGUCGAUCUCCUCCUGUCUUCUAUUCCCAUACUAGAGAUCCCAUCAACGUUCCACAAGGGCCACUUUGUCUCUCUGCACUCUUUUCAGGUCGCCCCCAUCUACUUUGUGCUCUACCACAAAUUGUUCGGAUGGAACCUCCGCUACCACGCACAAGAAAAGUGGAACAAUGAAAAAGCGAAAGAGGUGGACCAUCCCGACAUCAUCUAUCUCUGUGAUAGGAUAGGGCAAAGCUCUUUUGUGACAUUUACGGCGGGUUUGAGAGGCGAAUGUUUAAGCGCAUCGGGUUUCCAGUCUAGUGCGACAACGGUCGGGUGGCAGGCGGACUCUAUUCAUUCACCAAUUCUCCCCCGAGCAGACUGCGAAAUGGACACCGAAGCGCGGGGAACGACAGGAGCGACGUACGCUGAUUACUUGUUGGCAGCAAGCGUGGUAAUUGGGGCUCUAGAAGAGUUUGGUGAGGCGUGCUGUCUCGUUGGGGGCAUGGCUGUCAGACUUUUUGGCAAGCAGGGCAGGGUGGUCAAGGUCAGUACUCAUCAAUACCUAUCCCAACUUGUUCUAUUUGAAACCAGAGGGAGCACAUACGGAUCUCUACUUUCGGAUACCGGAAACCUUUCAUUCCAUCAGGAUAGAUUUACUACUCCCCUCCGAAUCCAACCUCGAGAUACCCAAUUCCCUGUCUCCCAACCGCUUUGUAUCUCUCAACACGCUCAACAUAGCCCCAAUAUCCUUUGUGCUAUACCACAAACUCUCUGGAUACAUGCCUCGGGAAUAACGCCACUCGAAGAAUGUUAUCUCGAGUGGCCUUGUCUGUGGAACUUGGCCAAGCUCGCAUCCGAAUUUUGCGAUGUCUACGGUCCAGAAGCGGCUCAAAGGUUUAGAGAGGCCGUCAUAUACGACCUUGAAAUAGGCGUUCACAAGACAAUGUCGGGACCAACAUACGCCAUUUGCUUGCUUGCAGCACGGCAGGUGAUGAGCGCGCUCAGAGACUUGGGUCAACCGAGCUGUUUUGUGGGUGGAAUGGGUGUCAGGCUCAACGGCAAGAAGGACCGAGUGGUCAAGCGUCAGCAGGACCUGGACAUACUCGUGUUGAACCGAAAGAUGAAUGCGAGCGACUUGCAAGACGCACUCGUAGAAUGGAACCCCAAGCGCUUCUACCUC